AUGAAGACCCUUCAGUACAUGGAAGGCCUUAACUCUGAAGAUACUCUGCGGAAGGUAACCUCAAAGCUGCCUUGUACCGUUGGAAUAAGAUGGUGUUGCCUUGCCAACAAGAUGUUAAGAUACGAGGAGAGGCUUGCUUCCUUUCAUGACGUGGUUGAUUUUGUCAAGGACGAGGCAGCAUUGGCUACAGACCCUGUUUUCUUACCCGACGCCCUUAAGGAAGCAAGAAAGAAUGAGUCUGCAAGUAACAGCAAUAGCAACGUCAGGAACACAAUGUGGAGAAACAACAGGAAAGGAGGAAACAAGAGCGCAACUAGCUUCUCUACAAAUGCCACACCUCAAGGCCAGAAAUCCCCACCUCGAUUUCCAGUUACAAUCAUGAUUUAGAUAACUGUCCAAAUCUCGCGAAGAAGGCCAUUGAAGAAAGAAGAUUAUUCGUACAAGAAGCUAGACUGUGCUUUGGUUGUCUUUGCCUUGGGCAUGUCUCUAAACGAUGCAGAAACAGAAAGGUGUGCAAGUCGUGCAUUAUGCCACAUCCAACGGUCCUUCGUGAUGAAACAAAGAGCACCCUUAAGGUUAAUGAAGGUUCAGCAAGUAAAGAAGUUGCCAGAGUUGCUCAGCCAGAAGAAGCCACAAGCAGCUGCACAAGUACCUGCAAUGCAACUAGAGCCAUCGACGCUAUCACAAACUCAGUGAUUGUCCCCGUCCGUGUACAUCAUAGAACCAAUCCCGAACGGCAGGUAGUGGUCUAUGCCUUACUUGAUCCCGGUAGUAAUGGCACAUUCAUCAAGGAAAGCAUACUUGAAGACCUUCAAGUCGAUGGCACAGAAACCCAACUGCAGCUGAACACGAUGCAUGCGUCAGAAGUAGUUCCCACUCGAAGAAUUACUGGUUUGAAUGUAGAAAGUAUGGGCAAGGACGCCCGUGUGGAACUGCCCAAAACAUAUACAAGAGAUGACAUACCGUCGAAGAGAGAAGAAAUCCCACGAACAGAAACUGCAAAAGUGUGGCCCCACCUAAGUGGCAUAGCCAGUAAGCUUUAUCUAUACCAAGUAGAUGUCGAAGUAGGGCUUCUCAUUGGAUCAAAUUGCCCAAGCGCCAUCAAACCAGAGGAAGUUAUCCCUUGGAGAAGCAGUGAUCCUUAUGCCAUUCUAACACUUCUUGGCUGGGGUAUUAUAGGCCCAGUCAAAGGAGGUUCUAACAAGGAAAAUUCAGAUGUCCUGUGCCACAGAGUUGCUGUUAAGAAGAUCGGUAGCAAGGAACCAUCAUCCCAUAGCUUCGUUAUUGAAUCUUACACAAAGGAGAUUAUCUCGCCUGUAGCUGUCAAGAGAAUGUUCUAG